AUUGGUAGAGCGGUAAUUUCUAUCUAUCUUUCCGGUAUUCAUCCGUAAAUAUUUUGUUUAAGGCUCAAACCGUUGAGCAUUUCGUUAAUUUUAUGAGCCAUAAAUUCUUCAAAAUGCUCCUGAGGUUUGUUUUCGCAUCUUAGACCAGUUAUGUAUCUUAAAUUUUGAAAUAUAAAUAGCGAAAGAGACAUGGCGGACAGUGCAAGUGAAAGCGACAGUGGAUCUGUAGAUGGAUUGUGUACAAUUCCGUUCUCAAUGACAAGAGAACAGUUCCAGAAACGCAUUGAAAGUCUACAGCAAGAAAAUAAAGUUUUGAAGUUAGAAGUCGAAACCUAUAAAUUUAGAAUCAAAAGUUUACAGGAAGAAAACAAAUAUCUUCGUCAAGUCAGUGUCAAUAUUCAAGCAAAAGCUGAGCAAGAAGAAGAGUAUAUCAGCAACACCCUCCUAAAGAAAAUUCAGGCUUUGAAAAAAGAGCAGGAAGCCCUUGCUAUUAAUUAUGAACAAGAGGAGGAGUGCCUCACAAAUGAUUUGUUCAGAAAACUUUCUCAGCUGCGUCAAGAAAAAGUGCACUUAGAACAGACAUUAGAACAUGAGCAGGAAGCACUUGUCAACAAGCUCAUGAGAAAAAUCGAGAAAUUAGAGGCGCAGACCCAAGCAAAGCAGCACAACUUGGAACAGUUAAGGAGGGAGAAAGUUGAGUUAGAAAAUACUCUCGAACAAGAGCAGGAAGCGCUUGUAAACAAGCUGUGGAAACGAAUGGACAAAUUGGAAGCCGAGAAGAGAAUGUUACAAGAAAAGCUGGAGCAACCUGUUUCUGCCCCACCAUCCCCACGGGAUAUCAACAAAGGUGAUACCGCUGCAAACUUAACCCUGCACGUUCAACACUUAAGAAGUGAAGUAGCAAAGUUGAAGAUGCAGCUUUUGAAUGCCCAGCAAGAGCAUUCAGAAAAGAUGGCUCUGUUUGUGAUGGAAGAGAAGAAUGUUCGAGAUGAGAAUGUUCGCUUGCAGAAAAGGCUUCAGAUGGAAGUGGAACGUCGGGAGGCGCUUUGCCGCCACCUGUCUGAAAGUGAAUCUAGUCUAGAGAUGGAUGAAGAAAGGCAAUUCAAUGAAGGAUCCAACUUUGGUUGUGUUAACAGAUCAGUGCCUAGUCCAGUUCCCAUGAACAGUUCUGCCGUAUCUUCUAAUCCAAAUAGCCCCGCCAUGAGUGUAUCAAGCAGGGAGGCAUUUAGUCCAAAUCCGCACCGCUGCCACCACUGCAACCAGAGCCUGACCCAGCUGAACAUCAUGCCCAGUCCCUCCCCUCCUCCACCGGUGUUCUCUCCUGGUUCCAGUGCUGGCACAACUAGAGGGAAAUCUCCAUCCCAGGAGCGCUUCUUGAAACCUGCAGCUCCUCCGCCACCUUAAGGGUGCACAGUGUUAGACCUAUAAACCAAUCUAUUGUUUUGAAAUAUUCUUCUUCUCCAGUCUAUUUAUUUGCAUUUAUGUUAUUCAAUGUUUCUUGUUGAAUCUGGUUUUCAUGGUUCUCACCAGUCCUGAAUUAGAGCUAAGAAAUGCUAGAAAAAGUUUUUUUAAAAAUACAACUAAUUGUAAAGCUUGUUACUGUUGAUUUUAGGGUACUUACUAUAAGCUUGGCAUAAUCAAAUGCUGAAAUUUGAAUUCCCUGGUUUUUGCGUGACAUGUAUCUUUUAAAAUUUAUAGUUGAGCUUUUGGCUUUUUGGGAUGAAUGGUAGUUUAAUCACAUUAUAGAACUAUAAGCGAAGUUUUUUGAUAACUUUUUUUUUUAAUUUAGUUGAGCUUGUAUUUGGUUUUUGAGACUCAAAAACAAAAGAAAGUUUUCUAAAUGCAUACAUUAUUCUAAUGCUUCAUUUGUAAACGAAUGUCCUAAGAUACAGUAAAGCAACUUUUUGAAGAAAAUUACUAGAAUUUAUUUAACUAUUUAAGUUAUAGAACUAUUUUAAAUCCCUCCUCCACACCAAUGUGCUCUAAAGUUAAAACGUCCCCAAUAUUUUUUUUUUUUUUUUUUUUUGUAGAAGUGCAAAAGUUUUAAACCAUUUAAUGUAACUUUUUUUGUUUUACAUAAAACUUGACAAUUUACAUAACUUAUUACAAAUCUAUGUCAUAAUCUCAAAAUUCAUAUCCAUAGGUUAGUAAGAAGUAAGAAAAAAACCACGACUAUAAAAAUUAAUUUACAGAACAAUUUGACUUUCAUUACUGAGCCCCAAUUUGAAAAAACGCUCUGUUAAUAUUUUUAAAAGAUUAGUGUCAGCAAAAGAAGGACCUUGAAUUUAAUAUUUGUAUGCGAACUACAUUCUUUCUGUGUUUCUUAUGUAUUGUCAUUCUAAACUGAAAAGCCAGUGUAACAUUUAUUUACAGUUGGUGCAAAAAUGUACUCUGAAAAAAAAGUAAAGGUGUUAAAAAAAAUUUAAUAACAUCUCUAAAUUAGAGUGAAAAACAUCCAAGUUUUUUAUUCAUGCUAAACUAUCAAUAAAAUAUAAUAAUCAGUGUAAGUAAAGAACAAAUUAUUAGAAAAACAAAAAGUGCAUAUAUUUUUGAAGAUUUGUUCAGUACCUACAUUAUUUAUUUUAAUCAUGAAAUCUUGAAUCUCUCGAAUUCUUCAAAAAAAUAAGAAAAAUUGUUCAGUUAUUUUAUUAUAUGUAAUGUAUGAGCAAACGUUCCAUCAAUAAUGCAAUUCAAAAUUAGGAUUAAAUUGCAAGUUAUUUAAUAUAUUAAAAAUAUAUAGAUUAUUGCACUGCCAAAAUUGAAUUUUGUCAUGUGGACAUUUUUAAUGCAACAUUAUUUUUUUGCAUGAGUGAUCCAAAUCAGGCAUUUGGAGUUCACUGAUAAAAGUUUAAAAGUUGUGUUAUUUAUAUCAAAUGAAAGAUAAAAGAUAUUUUCUAAAUUACAUUAAUCUUUUUUUAGAGAAGCCUGUGUUAAAAAUCUAUAACUAUGGCUCUUGUUCCUGUAAAAUAAUUGAAUGAUAAGUAUUCCUUGCCAUUUUGUCAUAAAUUGCAAUUAUUAAUUAAUAAUUAUCUUAAAUUUAUUCUGUUCAUUAUUUUAAAUUUCUUAAGCAUAAACAAUCGAGUUUCUUCGGAUUUAUUCGAAGAAUUGGGAUAAGAGUGAAUUCAUGUGACAGCCAAGGUUUAAGUUAGUUUCUUAAAAUACAUUAUUGUAAAAAGUUAUACUUCCAUACUUUGAAAAUGUAUUCUCAAGUGUUAAGGUUACAUUUCUAAAAAGUUUUAGUACAUUUCAAAUUGGAAGAACUUUUGUUUGUGAUGUUCUAAUUAAAACUGUGCGGUAUAAGCAUAUUUGCAGCUAAUCAUAGAAAGCUGGGAUCCUAAUUUUUCACAUUUCCAUGUUCUACUUUUCUAUUUAAUCCAGUGAUACUUCAUGUUCUGUGUUCUUUUCUAAAAUAUUAUCAUGCAGCAAUUUUAUAUAAAUAUUUUAUUCAUGCUUUGUACUUAAUUGGUUAGUGCAUCAAAUAGCUUUUUGUACCAAAUUGUUGGAAUUUAAUUUUCAACAGUUUUUUGUGCAUAAGUUCCAAGCCAUUUUUUAUAAAUAUUUUUGAAAUAAAGCCAUGUUUGAAUUUCAAGCAUGUGUUGUAUAUUCACGCUUUCAAACUUUCUUUACGGAAAUAAGAUGCAUGCAAGUCUCAUCUUGUGAU